CUUCCUCAAUCCACACACACACAAGGCGCACUCAGCACCAUACGUGACCCAGCGCCGUUUGCACGGCCAUGGAUUCACCGCUUCUGGUGGCCGCGCUGUCGUCGCUGCUCCUCCUCCUAGCCCUGUACCUGCUCGGCGGCAAGAGGCGGCGCCGGAGCUACCCGCCCGUGGCCGGUGCCAUGCUCCAGCAGCUGCUUCACUGGGGCCGGCUGCCGGAGUACAUGACGGAGCUCUCCCGCAGGUACGGCACCUUCCGCAUGCUCACCCUGACCUGCAACUGGGUCUACACCGUCGACCCGGCCAACGUGGAGCACAUCCUCCGGACCAACUUCGCCAACUACGGCAAGGGGCCGAUGACCCACGGCGUGCUGGAGGACCUCCUCGGCGACGGGAUAUUCAACGUCGACGGCGCCAAGUGGCGGCACCAGCGGAAGGUCGCCAGCUUUGAGUUCACCACCCGGGCGCUCCGCGAGUACAGCAGUGGCGUGUUCCGCGACAUGGCCGCCGAGCUCGCGGGCAUCGUGGCCGCCGCCGCGGCCGCCGGGGAGAGGCUGGACAUGGAGAAUCUGUUCAUGCGGUCGACGCUGGACUCGAUCUUCACGGUUGGGUUCGGGGUCAACCUGGGCGCGCUCUCCGGAUCCAACAAGAAGGGCGCGGCGUUCGCCAGGGCGUUCGACGACGCCAGCGAGCAGGUGCUGUACCGGUUCUUGGACCCGCUCUGGAAGGCCAAGAGGCUCCUCGGCGUCUUGUCGGAGGCGGCCAUGAAGCGGUCGGUGCGCACCAUCAAUGACUUUGUGUACGCCGUCAUCGACAAGAAGAUCGAGCAGAUGGGCAGAGAUGCCAAGAAAGGGGACAUACUGUCGAGGUUCCUGGUGGAGAGGGAGAAAGACCCCGGCUGCUUCGACAACAAGUACCUGCGGGACAUCAUACUCAACUUUGUGAUCGCCGGCCGCGACACCACGGCGGGGACGCUGUCGUGGUUCCUCUACGUGCUCUGCAGAGACCAGCGCAUCCAGGACAAGAUCGCGCGGGAGGUGCGGGAGGCCACCAUCGGCGACCACCAGGACGCGGGAUGCGUGCAAGAGUUCACGGCGUGCCUGACCGAAGACGCCAUCGGCAGCAUGCACUACCUCCACGCCGCGCUCACGGAGACCCUCCGGCUGUACCCGGCGGUGCCCACCGACGUCAAGUGCUGCUUCUCGGAUGACACGUUGCCGGACGGGCACGCCGUGAGGAGAGGGGACAUGGUGAACUACCAGCCCUACGCGAUGGGCCGGAUGAAGUUCCUGUGGGGCGACGACGCCGAGGAGUUCAGGCCGGAGAGGUGGCUCGACGACGACGGCGUGUUCGUCCCGGAGAGCCCCUACAAGUUCACGGCUUUCCAGGCGGGGCCUCGGAUCUGCUUGGGAAAGGAGUUCGCUUACAGGCAGAUGAAGAUAUUUGCGGCAGUUCUUCUGUACCUCUUCAGGUUUGAGAUGUGGGAGCACGACUCGAGGGUGGGGCACCGCCCGAUGCUCACGCUCAAAAUGGACGGCCCGCUCUAUGUUCGUGCGUCUCCCCGGCGAUCAACCGGGAACUAGCGUGCUGGCUACUAUAAGAACUAGAAGAUGCCAUGCACGUUGCUGCGGAACCAUUUUCGACAAUCAUUGUGUUAUAUAAAGAAUCAGCAAAAAAGAAAAGGAUACUAAUAUAAACUUGAUGGGCUAUGUAAUCUAGCAUGAUGUCACCAAGAUAAAGCAAUGAUUCAGACCAUGUUGAGUA